UUUUGUUUAAAAGAGAAGAAGGAAAAAGAUACGCGAAUUAGUUUAUGGUUUUAAAUUAAAUUUACUAAAAAAUUAUUAGAAAAACAACAACAAAUUAGUUUCAAUUAAAACUUUAAAUAAAUUAUUUAUAAAUAAAAAACUAAAGUGCAAUUUAUAAUAACAAAAUUUUCAAGAGAUAUAAACAAAGGAAAAAAGGCAAUAACAAAGUGGCAGGAAAACUGCAACAUAAAAGAAAAAGUGCAAGAAAGAAAUUAAAUAUUUUUAUGCACAAUUUACUUUAAAACUUUAAUUAAAUUAGAAAAUAAUAAAAUUGAAAAGUUAAUUAUUAAGCAAUUUUAAAUAUUAAAUAAUAAGCUAGAUCAGCAUGAGUUUUCAUAGUCGUAGUUCUAGUGAAGUUGAGAACAUAUCAUUUAGUGAUAUUAUUCUAGUGUUCUUUAAAGAUUUUCGAGAUUUUGAUUUUAAUGAUGUCAUUAAUGAAGUACGUCAUGUAUUUACACCGACGCAAUUCGAUUGCAUAGCAAAACAGAAAGGUGAUGCUCAAAUUUUUCAAUUAAUCUGGGUUUUGAAUAACAUGCCCGAUGUUAAAAUAUUGAAAUUUUUUGAUAUUAUAUACAAUGACUAUAAAUGGAUAGUGGAUAAAAUAAAAGCUGAAGUUAAUGAUCCCAGUGAGAAUACUUCAGUUUUUCUGAAGCAUUUAAAAGCUUUACAAAGUGAAUUUAUAAAACAUACAAAAUAUAAUGUACAUCGUACGAGAAAGUUCUUAGAGUUACGCUCCAAAUUACGCAGUCUCAAUCCUAAAAUAGGUCCCUGUAGCGUUGUACUUUUGGGCGGUUUGGGUAGUGGCAAAAAAUGGCUAUCAUUAGAUGUUUGUUCUGAUUAUAGUGUAAUGAAAAGUAUGAAUUUCAAAAUAUAUUGGAUAGAUUGUUACAAUUGUACCUCACAGCUAGAAGAUUACAAGGCCUUGAAGGUACUCAUGAUUAAAAUAAAUCCACAACAUCAAUUCGAUGAUACUUACUCUACUGAAAACUUUCUACGAUUAAAAGAGCAAAUAAAACUUCAAAUGAAAUCAAAAGAUGGACGUAAUGAUUGUCUUUUAGUUUUGGCCAAUGUACAGAAUAUCAAAUGUCAAGAGGCCUUCAAUUUGGGCUGUAAACGUUUGAUUAUAACGCGUAAUAAGAAAGUUAGCGAUUCACUGCCGCCCAAACUCAAUGAACAUAUAAAACUUGAUCAGGGUUUUACACUAAUGGAAUUCUAUCUACUGCUUGAUAAGUAUUUACAAUAUGAUUGGCGCAAAGACAGUAUUGGUAUGGCUAAUGAUAUCUAUCAUUUGAGUCAUGGUGAUCCGUAUUUGCUGAGUAUAAUAGCGAGAAAUAUAGGUGAAAAGAAAUCGAACUGGAAUGAAUGGACAAAUAACAUCAAUAAAUUGCAAAUACCCGAUGCCAAAUUUCAACGUGACAUUGAGAAGUCUUUGGAGAUUAUGAAUCAAAGAGAAUUGGAAUUGUAUGCUACAUUUGCUGUCUUUCCUUAUUGUGCUCAAAUACCAGUAGCGUUACUAGCUCACUUAUGGAAUAAAAAACCAUACGAAGCUGAGGAUAUUGUUAAUAAAUUUGAUGCCAAUUCAUUUGUACAAAAACAAAUACUCGAAGACAAUGACACCAUAGUAUGCACUGUUAAGGUUGUCUACAGUUCUUAUAUAAAAAAUUGCAAUAAAAUGCAACAACUUAUUAAUAUCCAGGAAUUGCAUAGAAAAAUUAUUGAAUACUAUAAAGUUGAAGAAUGCUUAAGAGAACGCAAAGAUGUAGAUUUGGAUUUCAAUACACACGAUGGUUACGUCUUACGUUGGAUUGGCUAUCAUUUGUUUGGCGGCAACUAUAAACGUUUGCUAUCUAAGCUUUAUAAGGAUUUUGGUUUUUUGGGGCAAAAAAUGCGUGCAGUUGGCCUGAAUAACACUAUCGCCGAUUUGCGUAAUUAUGACAGUGAAAUAUCACUGGGUGAGCGAAAGUAUUCUUUUAAGAAAAUGAAAGCUUUUCUCGCCAAAAUGGAAGAGAAAAUUAUGCAUUUUCCCGACUGUUGUCUAUUGCAAUAUGCUUUGCUGUCGGAAGAUUUUAUUUGUGAAAAUGCUUUACAGCAAAUAGAACAAUUUCCGCGUCGCUUGUGGUUUUCGGAAAGAGGUCAAUAUCAACAAUGGCGUUUUAUCUGCAGUCUACCUCAGUCGGCGCGUUUAGUGCGUAUUUUAGAUGAGGACUUAUGCCUGGUGGUCUUGACCAAUAAUAACACUUUAUUGGUGGACUUGUCGUUGGAUUCUAGAUGCAGUUAUCUGCUGCUUAUGUGUGGUGUUAAUAUCACUGAUAUACAUAUUUUCGAUAAUAAGACCCAUGUUUUAACUUUGGAUCUUUACGGUAGUCUAAAACUGUGGGAUAUUUCGUUGGAAAAGAGACGCCUUAUAAAUCAAAGACAACAUGCGGUGGGCAAUAUGAAUGCCAACAUAGUGUCGUGUACUGCCAAUCUCUUGUGUCCUAAACAAAAUAUCAAUGAGCUUAUUAAUUCCUGGGCCCGCAUACAGACAUUUUAUUUUGAUAUACCCAGUAUUGGCAUGCCUGGUACUCUACUGGUCGCUUUAAAGGGUGGCUUGCUUAAGUUUUUCGAUUGGGAUCCCAAUACAAAAGAAUUUAAAUUGAAUUCUUAUAAAAUCUCCCACCAAACGUAUAUUGAGAAAAUUCAUAGCAUAAGUCAAAUAAAAACUCACUACAUGAUCAUCUAUUACACCGAAAAUGGUAAUAUGGAUGCUACCUUCUUAAAGCUGCGCAAUACUGAACAGGAAAUGAAAAAAUUCCAAUGGCCAAAGAAUGCUAAGUUAGUAUAUCAUAAAGUGUGUGAUAAUGUUGUACUACUAGUAUUCAAUCAUAUGGUAGUACGUCUUUCUCUUACCUUACAACCUUUCGAUGGAGAUCUCGAAGUACUUUACGAUAGUCCUGAAAAUGUCAUCAAUUGUGGUAAAUUAUUGUUGGACAACAAAUACCUAAUGCUGGGCACCACUCGUGGUCUCAUCAUUUUCGAUAUUGUCAACGGUAAUGAAACUUUACAGAGCAGUGUUAGUGAAAAUAUUAUCUCUUUGGAUAAUUAUGAUCUGGAUGAUGAGGAAUUUAAAUCCAUGAUUGUUUGCGGUUGUAGUAAUAAAAAUAUUGCCUAUAUUUAUGGUCUGCGUUUGGCCCACGAUCAGACAUUGGCUUGGGAGCAUAGUUUAUUUCGUCAAAGCGAAGAAUUGGCUCACUUAGAGCAGCUGAAGAAUACUAGAUUUGUGGGUCAGAAAUUGUUCGAUGUAUGUGAGGAGGAUGACACUUUGUAUGCGGUCGAUUCGAAAAAUAGGAUACAUCAAAUCUGUCGUGCCGAAACGAAAAAUUGGUCCAUAAUACCAUCAUUAGAUGUGCAACAAAAUGUUAUUGGCAUUCACUGUUUUAAGAAUUCCGUUAUUGUGUCAUAUGAAAAUGGUGAUAUUUAUAAUCUCCAAGAAAAACGUUUGAUCAUAAGGGCCAAUGAAAUCAUAGACAAAGAAUUCAUACUAAAAACUGUAGAUAACAGUUUAUUGGUGACUUCGUCGGCUCUAGAAAUGACCUAUGUUAAACAUAUAAAAGAAAACGAGAACGAAAAUAAAAUUACAACUUUUAGAUUUUUAACAAAAUAUUGUUAUAUGAUAAUGGGAAAAUUUUUUUUAAUUGUUAACAAUUUUGGUGCUUCACUGUUUUUUGACUGUGAAAAUAAUUUCUCUUAUACCUUUGGCAUUCCUGCUUACUCGCUGUUGACCGCUUGCGAUUUAAAGGAUAAUGUGCUAUUUUUGGGCUUUUCCAGUUAUGAGGUCCAUAUUUACAGUUUGGAUAAGGAUGCUGGGGGCUCUAUACGAUGCCAUAAACGCGCUGAAAUACCCCCACUUAAAGAUGUGCAAAUAACCUGCCUUACCGCCUCCGAUAAUGCAAAACUUUUGGCUAUUGGACUCGAUACAACAACGUCUAAUGGUUUUCGUUCAUGUGGUGACAUCGAGUUAUUUAAACUCAACGAUGACUACAAGCCUCAGUUAAUAUUCUGUCUCAAAUCCCAUGUUAGACCCAUAAAUGAUCUGAAGUUUUCACCUCAAAACGAGGUGUUAGUCAGUGUGGCAGAACAGAUUUGCUUUUGGAAUAUCAACUAUGUGCUUAAUAAUCCCUUGGAUGUGGGCAGCAAAAAACGACACAGUUCACGUUUUACUUCACAGAAAAGUGCCGAAGAAGUGGAUUUUAAGGGAGCGGUUGAGGGUCAACAGCAAAGACGGGAUCGUUUUUUGAAUAUACAACAAAAAUUUCUUGCCUCAUUGGAUUCAUCAAGUCAUAAACUAGGUCUUAGUUCUAACAUUAGUCAUACUAAUAGUAUGGAACAAUCGGUUUAUUCGGAUGAUCUUAACGAUGAUAGUGUCUUUAGUAAUAGCAUAGAUAAGAUAGAUGAGGGCAGCUGGUCUUAUUUAAUGGGACCCAGUGACAAACCUGAGCUGCUAUCUUGCCUUAAGCUGGAUGGCAAUGAGGCCAAACAAAUUUUUGUCAAUAAAAAUUUUACGCAAUUCUUUACCAUCGAUAACGAGGGAGUCUACUACAAUUUGCAGCGUAUUAGGCCUUCUAAUCCAGUGCCGCCAGAAGAAGAAGUUGAUAUGACCGAUUCUACAUCGUCCUCCAUAAAUUUGGAUUAUUUAGAUGUACACCGUUUAUCCGUGGCCUCAUCUACUAUGUCGGGCACAGAUGUUGUUGAUACUGCCAAUAAUACAUGACUAUUAAACACACGUACUUACUUUCUAAAUGCUCAUCAUCUAACAUCUCUUAAGCAUUUUUUAACAUCUUUCAUAAUUUUAUCUUGUUAUUUUUAUUUAGUCAUGUAUUUAUGCAUUUUUGAUAAUGUGAUAUUUUCAUAAUGAUGAAACACAUUCAUAUGAAGAAGUUUGAGAAAACUUCGUUAAUGCAAUUUAUAUUCGAAAGAAAUUUAUGUUUUCAAAACACUUUUUUUUUGUAUUAGAACUGAUUAAGUUUAAAAUUAUUUUUUUUUUAUAAUUAUGUUUUAUAUCUAUAAAUAUUCUCCACCUGCCUAUCUUAUUAUUACUAUAUAUUAAUAAUUCUAUAUGUUUUGUAUUUUGUACAUCAAUAAUGUAUUAACAAAAUAGUUUUUCUCUUUAUAUUUACACAGAUUUAAUUAAAGUAAAAUAUAUAUUUUUUAUAUAUUUAAAA